AUGAAACUCCAAUCCCUCGCCCAAACAGCGAGUCUGCUGCUCUCCCUGGGCACCGCAGUCCAGGGCUUCUCGCGCUCCAGGAACGACGCCUGCAAGCCCAACAACCCAUUCAAACCUCUACCUACCAGUUCGCCGCGGACGAAGACCUGCCGCGUCAAGGCCCACGGCGACGGCACCGACGACUCACCUGCUAUUCUGUCUGCUAUCAAGAAGUGCAACAAUGGCGGGAAGGUGGUCUUCGACGAGGAUAAGGAAUAUACCAUCGGGACGGCGCUGGAUUUGACGUUCCUCAAGAACAUCGAUCUCGAAAUCCUCGGCAAAAUCCAAUUCACCUCCGACACCGACUACUGGCAAGAGCACUCCUUCAAACACACCUUCCAGAACGCGACGACCUUCUUCCAGAUCGGCGGCGAGGACGUCAACGUGUACGGCGGCGGUACGCUCGACGGCAACGGGCAGGUCUGGUACGACCUGUUCGCCGAAGACGCGCUGAUCCUGCGCCCCAUCCUGGUGGGCAUUAUCGGGCUGAAGGGCGGCACCAUCGGGCCGUUGAAGCUGCGGUAUUCGCCGCAGUGGUAUCAGCUUGUCGCGAACUCGUCGGAUGUGCUCUUCGAUGGGAUUGAUAUCUCUGGGUAUAGUAGUAGUAAGCAUGAGGCGAAGAAUACGGAUGGAUGGGAUACGUAUCGCUCUGAUAACAUCGUUAUUCAGAACUCGGUGAUUAACAACGGGGAUGACUGUGUCUCCUUCAAGCCCAACAGCACCGACAUCCUCGUCCAGAACCUGCACUGCAACGGUUCCCACGGUAUCUCUGUCGGCUCUCUGGGCCAAUACAAAGGCGAAGUCGACAUUGUGAAGAACGUCCUCGUCUACAACAUCUCCAUGUACAAUGCUUCUGACAUGGCUCGCAUCAAGGUCUGGCCGGGCAUCGACUCCGCCAUGUCCGAGGACCUCCAAGGCGGAGGCGGUCUCGGUGCUGUCUCCAACAUCACGUAUAACAAGAUGUACAUUGAGAAUGUGGACUGGGCGAUCGAAGUGACGCAGUGCUAUGGACAGAAGAACCUGACGCUGUGUAAUGAGCAUCCGAGUAACCUGACUAUCUCCGACAUCCACUUCAACGACUUCAAGGGCACGACGUCAGGAAAACGGGACCCGUAUGUUGGGACGAUCGUGUGUUCGAGUCCGGAUGUAUGCUCGGACAUCUACACGAGUAACAUCAACGUGAAGAGUCCUAAAGGAACGGACGACUUUGUCUGCACGAAUGUGGACACGGAGUUGCUAGAUGUUCAGUGCGAAAAGCCAAAGAGCGAUACACUGGAUGGCUAG